AUGAAUUUUGACAACAUCACACUGCCCUGGCUCGUUGGACGCCGACGCCGAGAGCGGCCGAAGCCUGCGCCGACGCGGGGCCAAGACGAGGACGGCGAGGCCAUGGCGGUCACGGGCUGGGCCGCAUCCUCGGCCAACCUGCAUCGAUGCGCAAGGGGAUGGCCAUGUCAGAAGGCCGCAUCCCAUGCUUUCCGGGGCGACAAAUUGCCAUGGACCGAUGCGCAGACGCGCCGAUUGCCCGCCUCCAAAGGCCACAACCAGGUCGAUGGACGCAUGGGGUUGCCGGCCCCGAGCUGGAACGGCGGCCGGGGGGGCACAUCGGCAACGAGCACCGCAUACAGCAGCGAUGCAGAAAUGGAGAUUCGCACCCUGUACUCCGUCCAACGCGACCGAUAG